AUGAGUCAAAUCAGCUUUUCCGACUUAAAGUUUAUCAAGCCCAGCGAGGUUCGCCAAUGGUUCGCCAACGGCUCCAAGUUCGCUGUGGUGGAUGUCAGAGAUGACGACUUCAUUGGAGGUCACAUCAAGGGAUGUCUUCACUACCCAGCCAACGAGUUUGGCUCGAGACUUUCCGAUCUCCGCAUGAAGCUCGAGGAAAGCCAGGUCAAGGACGUUGUUUUCCACUGUGCCUUGUCUCAGGCCAGAGGACCCAAGGCGGCCCUUUUGUACUUGAGGUCAAUUGAAGAAGCCCCCAAUGAAGGAGAAAAAGUUCCAAACGUCUAUGUCAUGGAGGGCGGAUUCACCAGGUGGGCCAGAAAGUACGGCGAAGACCCCACGGUAACCGAGGGUUUCGCUGAUGAUAUCUGGAACGAAUGA